AGCAAUCAAAGACAAAAAAGCCAAAGCUUCCACUACUUGAUCAAAAAUUUUCGACUGACCUGUCAAUCCUAAAAACCUAUCCUCCCACCCAUCAACUUCAACAAUAUCAACCACCCCUCCACUUCUCUUCAUACCCAAGGUCUUCGUACUUCAUCUUCAAACCUUUCUACUUGAUCCCUCUAGCCUGACAACCUCACGUCAGUCACCGACAAGAUGCCUGCUCUAGACGUUGACUCUCAGUUCAAAUUCCUCAUCGUGUGCAUCAAGCACUCGACUGCUGGAAAGAUUGACUUCGCUGAGGUCGCCAAGGAAUGCGAGAUUGUCUCGAAGGGCGCAGCUGCCAAGCGAUAUGAGCGUCUCAUGAAGUCCCACGGCAUCGGCGCUGCCGGUGGCGUGGGAGGCGUCAAGAAGGAGUCCAAGGACAGCAAGGACGGCGUCAAGACUCGCACCCCCAGCAAGAAACGCAAGCUCGCUGCCGUCGACGAGGAUGCCGGCGACGCUGACGAGCCCGUCAAGACCGAGGUCAAAGGUGAAGUCAAAACUGAAGAUUCGAUCGCCGUGAAAGCGGAGCAGGAGAACGGUUGUGGCGCGACUGCUGCCGUACCCGGUGUCGCGUCUACCAACGAGGCAGCGCCGACGAGUCAGCCUGACAUAUCGCCUUCUACCAACGCCCAGAAUGACGACGACGACGAUGAAGUCCUAGUCAUCAGUGCUACGGAGAGGCGCGAUGACGGCGGUAGCGUCCCGGUCUACGGCAGUGGUGGUCAUCAUCACUCGUAUUCGCAUCCGCACUCGCCUGCUCCAAUUACUCCGGGGGUCCACUCCUUUGAUUAUGCUGCUAACAUGACGUUCCCUCAGCAGAUGCCCAUGACGACGGCGACGACGGCGAGGAUGCCCUCGUCGCAUAAUUCCCUUCCCUACGGGUUCCCCUCUGGCACAUGGAUAUUCCCUCAUGACACACAUGGAUAUCUCUAG